AUGGCUGCCUAUCAUAUUCCUGAUCCAUCAAAUCGAUUAACUAAUGAACAAAUGUCUCAUACAUUGAAUAAAAUAGAUGAAAAUGAUGUGUCACAACCAUCAUCAUCGUCUACAUCCGAACCUCCAAGAAAGCGUAGUAAUUCGGUAUUACAGUGGAUGCAAAAAACUUUACAUAUAACAAAAACUGGUGCAAAUCAUGACGAUUCACGUUCACGCCAACGAUCAUCAUCAAUAACACAUCAUGAUAAAACUACUCGAUCACCUCCCGUUAGUUUUCCUGCAAAAAAACAUGGACGACCAAGAUCAUCCACAUUGGAUUCAACGGGAUCAACAGACAAAAAAAUGCCACCACGAAAAAAAACCAUUACUGAUACAGAUGAAAAAGCAGAACAAACACGAUCUAUAUUUGAAUUUGCAUUUUUUCAUUAA